CCUUUCUUGUUUUGGUUCACAUUAUUCUGCAACCUUUUGUCCUUUCGUUUUCCUCUCCUCACAAAAGCUCUCUUUUUCUUUCUCUCUCUAAUCUCUGACCUCUCUCAUUUCACCUGUCGAUUUCACAUUGUUUGGCAUGCAACAGCAAGGAGGGACGAUGAGGAACUCUCCGUCGUAUGGAUCAUCGGGAGGGCACUCUCGUCAUUUCGACACCAUCUUGUCUCCCCUUGUCAAAACCGGCGCCGGAGCUUCCAACAGAUCCUACGCUUUCUUCUCCUUCUUCCUCUUCCUCCUCCUCGGCGUUUUUCUUACUACGCGCCUCCUCCUCGAUCCCUCCGUGUUAAUAGCGAAAGAAACGGCGUUAGUGACGGAGACCCUAAAAGCUGGUGAAUCCCCAAAAUACCCUCAGUCGACUAAGCUAAUAACGGAAAAGCCAAAGGAGUUCAAACUAAACUGCCCCGCUUUCUCCGACAACGCCACUGUAACUUGCCCAAGGGACAACUAUCCGACGAGCCUCCUUCCCGGCAGCAGAAAAGAUGACUCCGGGCGUUCUCCACCCGCCACGUGUCCCGACUACUUCCGCUGGAUCCACGAGGAUCUACGGCCGUGGGAGAAGACCGGGAUCACGAGGGAAGCGUUGGAGCGCGCCAACGCGACGGCGAACUUCCGCCUUGCGAUCAUCGACGGUAGGAUCUACGUCGAGAAGCUCCGAGAGGCUUUUCAGACGAGAGACGUGUUCACGAUAUGGGGAUUCGUGCAGCUUCUACGGAGGUAUCCGGGAAAGAUUCCGGAUCUCGAGCUCAUGUUUGACUGCGUUGACUGGCCGGUAGUGAAGGCGGCGGCGUUCGGCGGAUUUGAACAGUUAACGCCACCGCCUCUGUUCCGUUACUGUGGGAACAACGAGACGCUUGACAUCGUGUUUCCUGAUUGGUCUUAUUGGGGAUGGGCUGAGGUGAAUAUAAAGCCGUGGGAGAGUUUGUUGAAAGAACUCAAAGAAGGCAACCAGAGGAGCAAAUGGGUAGACAGAGAGCCUUAUGCUUACUGGAAAGGGAAUCCGACGGUCGCUGAUACAAGACUGGAUCUCAUGAAGUGUAAUGUCUCCGAGGGGCAUGACUGGAAAGCUCGUUUGUACCAACAGGACUGGGCCCGGGAAUCAAAGGAAGGUUACAAGCAGUCAGACUUGGCAAGCCAAUGCCACCACAGAUACAAGAUUUACAUAGAAGGGUCUGCAUGGUCGGUGAGCGAGAAGUACAUUCUGGCUUGUGACUCGGUGACAUUGCUGGUGAACCCUCAUUACUACGAUUUCUUCACACGGGGUAUGUUACCUGGUCAACACUAUUGGCCCGUCAAGGAAGACGACAAAUGCCGCUCCAUUAAAUUUGCCGUCGAUUGGGGCAACCAGCACAAGCUAAAGGCACAAGACAUAGGAAAGAAGGCGAGUGAGUUUGUGCAGCAAGAACUUAAGAUGGACUAUGUGUACGAUUACAUGUACCAUCUCUUAACUCAAUACUCUAAACUCCUCCGGUUUAAACCCGAGAUUCCUAAGAACUCUACCGAGCUCUGCUCAGAGACAAUGGCGUGCCCCAGGGAUGGUAAUGAGCGGAAGUUUAUGAUGGAAUCGCUUGUGACACACCCUGCAGAGACUGGUCCUUGCACCAUGCCGCCUCCUUAUGAUCCGGCGUCGUUUUUCUCGGUUCUGAAAAGGAGGCAGAGUACGGCUAGAAGAAUCGAACAGUGGGAGAGUAAGUACUGGAGGAAGCAUAACCAGACUCGUUCGUAAAAUUAGUUUCGCGUUAACAGUUUUGUUAUGUAGAGAAAAAUGCACUUGCAUAUAAACCCAUCGAUGUUUUUAUUCUAUCAUGAAGACGCUUAAAAUUGGAAAUAUUUUUCGGAACUGUAUCCAUGAUGUACUAGUACUGUAGUAGCAAACAGUACUAGUGCAUAAGAUUUCUCUGUAGAGAGAGCUUUGAGAACUGAACUUGGGUUUGGUUUGAUACAUAACUCAUUGGAAAGUCCAAUAGAAACACAACUUGAUGGGCUAAGCUCUUUACUGAGCUGAGUGAUAUGUCAUGACAAAAAUUUCAGUAUCUGUGCCUGUGCAUCAUUAGUAAUCAGAAAUUUCUCGAGCCUGAAAAUAUAGCAGCCAAAGUUUUGUUGUAUGAGACUAUUAAUAGAUUAUGUGACAAUCACAAAGGUUGUCCAACAUAUGAGAUUUGCUGUCUCUCAUAUAUAUGUUACUUAUAUACCUUGCGAAUUUGGCCCGUCUAAGAGGAUGUUAUUUAUUUAUUUAUGUAUUUUAAUUUAUUUAAAAAUUUAUAAAUUAAUGAAAAAUUUAUUGAGUUUAAAAUCUAAUUUGUCGACUUCUCUAUAAUAUUAUUUGAAAAGUCACUUUCCUAGGUGUCGCGCUCACGUCAACUCUCACAGUGGUUGAUUACUACGAUACCCCUAAUUAAAUAAAAAAGUACAUUCAAAUAUUAUUCUUUACUUUUUAAAAUUUUCUAAAAAACAAUAUAAAUAAAAAAAGAAAUAUUUAUAAAGUUUUAAAAAAUAAUUAAAAAACGAAAAAUAUAUGUAUAUAUAAUAUGAUUUCAUAAAAAAAAGGAAAGUUCACAAAAUAGUAAUAUUCAAUUUAAAAGAUAUCUUUAAGUAACAAAAAAUAUAUACUUUUGAAGUAGUAAAAUAAAUUUUUUUUAUCUACAUCUUCUUAGAUGAAAAAAUAUAUGUGUAUAUAAUGUGAUUUCAUAAAAAAAAAGUUCACACAAAUGAUUUUGAUAUUAGAUUUGAGAAGUCACUUUCCUAGGUGUCGCGCUCAUGAUAACUCUCAUAGUGGUUGAUUACUACGAUAUCCAUAAUGAAAUAAAAAAGUACAUUCAAAUAUUAUUCUUUACUUUUUAAAAUUUUCCAAAUAACAGUAUAAAUAAAAAGGAAACAUUUAUAAAGUUUUAAAAAUAAUUUAAAACGAAAAAUAUAUGUAUAUAUAAUAUGAUUUCAUAAAAAAGGAAAGUUCACAAAAUAGUAAUAUUUCAUUUAAAAGAUAUCUUUAAGUAACAAAAAAUAUAUACUUUUGAAGUAGUAAAAUACUUUUUUUAUCUACAUCUUCUUAGAUGAAA